CCGUCGACCCGCCCUCCAAUCUAGGGUUUUACUCUCGUCCCCAUCCCUCAUCAGUUUUUCUGCGCUUUUUAUUUUAUACACAGGUGCCUCACUAUUCGUAAGAUGUCAUCAACUGCUGAGACCGGAAGGAGCUUUGCUAGAAGAGACCAGCUUCUCAAGAUACAAGCAGAGACCCAAAAGAAAUGGGAGGACCAUAAAGUUUUCGAGGCUGAAUCUCUCAGUACGCCUCCGAAGCCUGGCGAGAAGUUCUUUGGCAACUUCCCUUACCCGUACAUGAAUGGUUCUCUCCAUAUUGGCCAUGCAUUCUCGCUGUCAAAGUUGGAGUUUGCUGCAGCCUAUCAUAGGCUUUGUGGUCGAAAUGUCCUGUUGCCAUUCGCUUUUCAUUGCACUGGAAUGCCCAUCAAAGCUUCUGCAGACAAACUUGCCAGGGAAAUUCAGCAGUUUGGAAAUCCACCAAUCUUUACAUCUUUGGAGGAUGUCGAGAUUGUAGAAGAAGUUGCGGAGGACAGUGUUCAAGGCGGACAACAAAAGUACAAGAGUGCGAAGUCCAAGGCCGCUGCGAAAUCCGGUGGAGAUAAGUAUCAGUGGGAGAUAAUGAAAAGCUUUGGCCUUCCUGACAGUGAGAUAGCUAAGUUCCAGGAUCCAUAUCACUGGUUGAGCUAUUUCCCUCCAUUAGCGAAAGAAGACCUCAAAGACUUUGGAAUUGGUUGUGAUUGGCGCCGGUCAUUUAUAACCACAGCUAUGAACCCUUAUUAUGACUCUUUUGUUAGGUGGCAGAUGACGAAGUUGAAGAACAUGGGCAAGGUCGUGAAGGAUGUGAGAUAUGCGAUCUAUUCUCCAUUCGAUGGUCAACCAUGUGCUGAUCACGAUAGGGCAUCUGGUGAAGGUGUCCAGCCUCAAGAAUAUCUGUUGAUCAAGAUGGAGGUUAUCCCUCCUUUCACUUCGAAGUUGAAGCCUUUGGAGGGUCGAAAAGUUUUCCUUGCAGCUGCAACAUUGAGGCCUGAAACUAUGUAUGGACAAACUAAUUCUUGGGUUCUUCCGGAUGGUAAAUAUGGGGCAUAUGAGAUCAAUGAAACUGACGUUUUUAUUAUCACUCAGAGGGCUGCACUUAAUCUUGCAUACCAGAAGUUGUCGAGGGUUCCAGAGAAGCCUACGUGCUUGUUGGAGCUGACUGGCCAUGACCUUAUUGGGUUGCCAUUGAAAUCUCCUCUUUCUUUCAAUGAAGUUAUCUACUCGCUGCCGAUGCUUACUAUCUUGACAGAUAAAGGUACGGGUAUUGUGACUAGUGUCCCCAGUGAUGCACCCGAUGAUUACAUGGCAAUGCUAGAUUUGAAAUCAAAACCAGCUCUCAGGUCAAAGUUUGGGGUUAAGGACGAAUGGGUGUUGCCUUUUGAUGUCAUACCCAUAAUUAACAUUCCAGAAUUUGGUGACAAGGCAGCAGAAAAGCUCUGCGUAGAUCUGCAAAUUAAGAGCCAAAACGACAAGGAAAAGCUUGCAGAGGCGAAGAGAUUGGCCUAUUUGAGAGGUUUCACGGAGGGUACUAUGCUGGUAGGGGAGUUUAAGGGAAAGAAAGUUGAGGAUGCGAAACCAUUGGUAAGAAAUUUUCUUCUUGAGAGUGGCCUGGCAGUCAAGUACAGUGAACCUGAGAAGAGAGUCAUGUCAAGAUCAGGUGAUGAGUGUGUCGUGGCCCUUACAGAUCAAUGGUACAUCACCUAUGGUGAGCCCGAGUGGAAAAAUAAAGCAGAAGAUUGUUUGGCUGAAAUGAAACUUUACUCUGAUGAAACUCGGAAUGGUUUUGUGCAUACAUUGGGCUGGUUGAAUCAGUGGGCAUGUUCUCGCUCGUUUGGCCUCGGUACUCGUAUUCCUUGGGAUGAGCAGUUCCUUGUAGAGUCUCUUUCUGAUUCAACUCUUUAUAUGGCAUACUAUACAGUUGCUCAUUUACUGCAAAAGGGUGACAUGUAUGGUUCUGAUACUUCUUCAGUGAAGCCAGAGCAAAUGACUUAUGAGGUAUGGGAUUAUAUUUUCGGCGGCGGGCCAAUUCCCAAAUCAGAUAUUCCCUCCUCUAUUUUGAGCAAGAUGAAGCAAGAGUUCGAGUACUGGUAUCCCUUUGAUCUCCGUGUAUCGGGCAAAGAUCUUAUUCGGAACCACCUCACAUUUUGCAUUUAUAACCAUACUGCCCUUCUCCCCAAACACCAGUGGCCUCGUGGUUUUAGAUGCAAUGGACAUAUCAUGCUCAAUUCAGAGAAGAUGUCCAAAUCCACCGGAAACUUCCGGACCCUUCGGCAGGCAAUUGAGGAGUUCUCCUCAGAUGCUACUAGGUUUUCUCUUGCUGAUGCUGGUGAUGGAAUGGACGAUGCCAAUUUUGUGUUUGACACUGCAAAUGCUGCUAUAUUGAGGCUUACUAAGGAAAUUGCAUGGAUGGAGGAGUUAAUAGCCGCUGAAUCAUCUCUAAGGGUGGGGUCGCCAUCUACUUACGCUGAUAGAGUGUUUGCGAAUGAGAUAGAUAUUGCAGUGAAGAGUACUGAAAGGCAUUACAGUGAGUUUAUGUUCAGGGAGGCUCUCAAGACUGGCUUUUAUGAUCUUCAGACUGCUAGGGAUGAAUAUAGAUUAUCUUGUGGAUCAGGAGGAAUGAACCGUGACUUAUUGUGGCGGUUUAUGGAUGUGCAAACUCGGCUUAUCACCCCAAUUUGCCCUCAUUAUGCAGAGCAUGUGUGGAAAAAUUUAUUGAAGAAGGAUGGUUUUGCUGUAAAUGCAGGUUGGCCCGAUGCAAAUUCACCCGAUCUUACUUUGAAAAAAGCUAACAAAUAUCUGCAAGAUUCUAUAGUUCUCAUGAGAAAGUUACUUCAGAAGCAAGUAUCUGGUUCCAGAAAGCCUAAAAAGGGUGCUCAAGCUGCACCUCAACCAGCAAACAAACCGACUACAGGGCUUAUUUAUGUGAAUGAGCUGUAUCAAGGAUGGAAAGAGGAAUGUUUAAGGAUACUUCAGAACAAAUUUGAUGCUGAAAAAGGCUCCUUUGCACCUGAUUCGGAGAUUCUUGAAGCAUUAAAAGCAAGUUCAAUAGGGCAAGCUGCGAAUUUUAAGCAGAUUCAGAAACUUUGCAUGCCUUUCUUGAAGCACAAAAAGGAUGAGGCGCUCUCGGUUGGUUGUCAAGCUCUUGAUUUGAAGCUGCCUUUUGGUGAAUUUGCUGUUCUUGAGGAGAACUCUGAGUUGAUAAAGAGGCAGGUGGGUCUUGAGAAUGUGAUGGUAUUGUCUGCUUUAAAUGAUGAUGCACGUGCUUUAGCUGGUCCGCAUGUAUCUCUGCUUGAUCAGAAUCCCCCAGAGCCUGGCUUACCCAGUUGCAUUUUCUUGUAGACGUGAGAGGGAAGGCGUGACUACACAGAUUAAAAGACGUAUCUGAGGCAUGCAAAUAUUUUGUUUUUGACAAUGGUAGCAAGGCUAUUCGAGGAGAAUGAACCUUCUUACAGAGAGACACAACAAGAACAGCUGAAGAAGUUUGAUCAUAAUGCAUUACAUUGACUUUUAUUCCAGCAUCUUUAUUUUAUAAUCGACAUUAGCAUGUCCAUUUUGUCACAUUUGUUUUGUCUUAGUAAGGAUUAUUUUGGUAUGUGAAACUAUGACUUUAUGUAAGUUGUGCAAAUAUUUGAUACGAACUUCAAUUAUUUUAUGGAUAAUGCUGUGGAUGAGUAGGUUCUGUCA